AUGGCAUUCCUAUGUAAUUAUCUCCAAAAAUCAUGGACAGAAUAUCAUGAGGAAUUCUGCGUUAAUAGUAUAGAUCUCUUCUUGAGGUUCCGAUCCCACGGGUGGAGGAUGCGAAGCACUCGUGAUCGCACGCUCCAGGCUAUUGUCUCACAAGUUUGGAGGUUUCCGGUCACUAUAAUACCGGAUGAAGAAGACGAAGUAAUGUGGAAGCUUGGGCAGGACGAUUUUAGGGAUAGUUUCUCAUCAAACAAAACCUGGAGUCUGAUCCGUGAUCCUAGAGAAAAUGUUGCUUGGUAUUGUGUGAACUGGUUCCCACAGGGAGUACCCCGGUUCGCAAUCUUCGCUUGGCUAGCAAUAAAAGACAGGCUUUCUACAGGGGCUCGUAUACGCAAUUGGGGGCUGACGCAGCCUUGUUUGUUCUGUGGUGAACCUGUGGAGACUCGAGAUCAUCUCUAUUUUGCAUGCCCUUACACAUAUACAGUUUGGAUAGAAGUCGUUGGCAACCUGUUUGGAGAUGCUCCUGACCCUGACUGGGAAACUACUUUGGAAAGAAUCACAGCUCGAGAAACUGGUCGUCUAUCAGCCAUUCUCUUGCGGCUGGCCUUCCAAGUAGCUAUCUAUUACAUCUGGAUAAAGAGGAACAAUAGAAGGCAUAACCACAUAUCGAAACCUGCAAGCCAACUUUGCAUAGAGAUUGAUAAAACAAAACGUAACAGGAUCCUUUCUACCAAGUAUUAUGAGUCUCCGAAGCUGUACGGUCUUAUGCAAUGUUGGUUCUCCACCCGGGGUGCGAUCAUCGUUUGA